AUGGCACUCUUUAUGGCCUCUAUGAGGCAGCAGGAAUCGCACGAAACGGAACAGCACGGCGUGGAUGCGGGGACCCCUGAGUCACCUGCGAGCAACGACAUUUCCUCCGGCGAGGCCGCGGAAUCGAAGAACGCAGAAGAACUGGAGGACCCCGAGACGGACGAGAACGGCGACGGUUCGGUCGGUGCGCUCGACGAUUUGAUCAAGUUGGAUUCGGACGAAUCUGGGUCCAGCGAUGGGGAAUCUGACAGGUUGAGCGGGAAGAGCGACGACCUUGGCUGGAGUGACGGAGACACAGAUGAUGGUGUUGCGGAUCUCGUCACCGACGCCUGGAACUGAGAUCUGGCAACUUCUUCAGGUAGGUGCAUGUAACGUUCCUUGAGAGACCUGGCUUGGGAUUGGGGGUGUCAUGCCGCGCAUUCUUGCAAGUCAGAUCUCCACAUCGUGGGGAAAGAUCUCUGUGGCGCGUGCUUCAUUUUUGUUGGAUACAGCCAUCCGUCAAAUACGACGACCCUGGAAUGCAAGAUAUCAGGCGGACUAACAGAAGCCUGACGCUGACCAGCUGGCUAGAGCGCGCGUUUUCUCCCCUGUUUUUUCCCACCCAGUUGCGCAGGGAAGUGGACGGGGGAGAUUCUUUUCCCUUCGACCGCGCUGGGUGUUCGUUGUUUUUUGGCAUGGUACUUUGUUAGUCGCAAACUGCCUGAAAGGUACGGGGAUGCUGUGUGCGUUCCGGGCCUGUGUCGUACU